AUGGCGGGUAUUGGGGCCAAUUUAUUUUAUAGGAAGAAACUGAUCCCUUGUGUGCCCUCCAAUAAUAAAGAUUCAGACGGCUCUUCUGAGUCUGACAAUGAGUGUGAGGACUUUGAACGGUCUCAAGUUCACAAGAAAAAGACUCGCAGAGCCUGUCUAGUUGAAGUACCUGAAGAAAGUGAUGAUAGUGAGAGCUCUCAAACUUCUACAUCAAGGUGGAGCAAGAAAGGGAGAGUCAACAGUAGUAUUGUCAUACCCGAAAGUGAACCAUCAACUUUGUCAACAGUCUCCAGCACUUGUAUUUCUCCUGCCAAUAUAUCUUCACCAAGUGGUUCAGUGAGCACUUUGCCCCCUUCUCCUUCGACUGUGAGAAGAUUGAAGGAAUUAAAAAACAAUUCUGAAAAGUCAAGGGAGGAAACUUCCAGUAAGCCAAGUACAACUGUGCAAGAUUGCUGCAAACCCAACAGUUCAGCUCGUGCUCCAACUCAACUAUCUAGAACUCAGCCUGAUCGUACUCAGCCUCCUCGUACUCAGACCCAUCAAACGAAGACCAAAGUUACAGAGCCAUCUGGCAGGGCUAAGAAAAUAUUUGGAGCUGCUUUUUCAAAUGGGCCAUUAUCAGAUCUAAAUUCUAACAAUAAUAACUUAGAUGUACUUUCACCUCAAAAGAAGGCCAAAGAAAUAUCUGGAACUGCUAUGUCUCUGAAAUUCUGUGCUUGUGAGUGUUUUUGUCUUUCCUUGAAAUUAAUGGAACCUUAUUGCUUAGAAAUUAUGAAGCCUGAUGCCUCUUACACUCCCUCAAGCUCUCUCUUGCUUUCAUCAAGUCCAGAUACUCCAAGCCAAUCAGACAAGGGAGAGAGUGUACCUGCCAACAGACAGCGGUGCAAAGGGUCUACACCUUCUAAUAUUUUAACUUCUACUCCAAUGGCAUCCCCCCAAUUGUCUCCAGUUACCCCUGCUUCUGGAACACUGUCAUUUCUGAAUCAAUUAAAAUCUAAAGUGUUGCUUUUGCUUUCAUCUAAUCGAGGUUUCUGUGCUUGUCAUUUAGGUACGCCGGGCCAAGAAGACAAGGGAAGGAAGAAUCACGAAUCUUCUCCACAAUCUCAUAAUGAUAAUCAAAUGUCAACCCCGGCAUUAUCUCCUGUUACCCCUGCAUCUGGUACACUAUCAUUACUGAAUGAUUCAACAUCUAAAGUUGCUUAA